UUCACUUGUGAAGCACAGUCUCCUGAGCCAGACAAUGUGCCGCAAGGGAUUCCCUGCUACGGGCGAGCUUGUCUAUGGGCCUCAAGCAUAUAUAAAGCACUUGGCGCCAUUCAUUCGUCAUUUUAGUAUCAACAUCACAGCUCAAAGCCACAAGAUGCAACUUAAACUCAGUUUGCUGCUGCUCGUCCUCGGCGUCUGCGCCUGUGUCUGGGCUUACCCUGAUCCGCGUCUGACAGUUGUUGACGAGCCGGCCGCACAAUUGCUGGCCGAGAACAACGAUUGGGCGCCCAGUGAGCAGGUGGAGCAGCUUCGCGUGCGUCGCCAGCUGAAUGUGCAGGGCGGCGGCAGUCCGCGUCAGGGCUUCGACUUGAGCGUCAAUGGACGCGCGCCCGUCUGGCAGAGUCCCAACGGUCGCCACUCGCUGGACGCGACGGGACAGUAUUCCCAGCACCUGGGCGGACCCUACGGCAACAGUCGGCCCAAUUGGGGCGCCGGCGCGCAGUACACCUUCCGUUUCUAGACAGCGAAAUGUUCAUCUUUAAUCAUAAAUGCUUAAUAAUAAUAAAAUAAAAAAAUGUAAAUAAUAUUUACGCGAGCUGUGCACAGGCUUAUCAGCGUAUUCAAUUUUAUAGCUAUAUAUAAAAAAUAUAAUUCUUAUUCAAAUCUA